AGAACUUGACCGCGACAGUAAAGCUCAGAAAGGCGGUUCCGGAUCGGACUCGGUUCGCAGCGGACGCGUUUUUCCAUUGUCACCUGAACAAGAAAAAAAAAGAACCUUGCCAGAAGGGGCAAAGUCAAGACAAAACAGGAAAUCCAAGGGUGACCUCCCGUUGAUUCCCAGCAGCGUUCGGUUUAGUAGGAGAGCACAUCGUUGGCUUCCUGGUAAAAGUAACGGGUAUCGAAAGUGGCCGUCCCAUUGAGUGCUCGGUGGUGAAGUACCUUCGAUAAUUAUGAACUUACGGGAUCUGGAUGUGAUUGAAAUGUAGCUCUUAGGGUGAAGACCAGAAAACAGUCUAGUGAAUAUGCCUUUAGUGCAUCGGUGGUGGGAAAUUCCUCUGAAGUGAUGCAUAUUUUUCUGCGCUGAAAUGGUGCAAUUGAAGUAAACAGGGUUGCUAUUCGUACCAGUAAAUUCCAUCUUUCUAUUCGCUUCUAAAAGAGUAUAAACACCACCACACACCAAAGCAUACGUUCGGGCGUUCUCGAUUUGCCUACUGGUGGUAGAAAUGUGAGAGAGCCUUCCGUCGUCCUCAGUGAGAGAAAGGAGGAAAAGCUUUUCCGCCACCAUCAAACCACCUGAGGAACGGAGCGAUUCCUAUCGGGUCGACCGGGUUUGUGUGAUGUGCGCUGUGAUAAUGAUAGGAAUCAAUUUCUGGCAGACAAGUGAUGAUUGUUUUACCGCAGAACGGCAGAACUGAGUAGGCUGUGCAACAGGCGAAAAGCAUGAAGUGUUACAGGGAAAAAUACACUAAUUGUUGAAUGGUGAUGUUUAUUAGAACUUCAAGCUUCUUCACGUUCGGUGAACAAUGUUGAAUCGUGUUUAAAAAGGAUGAAUGAUGCAUUCUUUGCGAGACUUUGUCCAGUUACAGAUUGAUAAUGAAUGCGGUGCCCUAGAGGAUGGAAGCAAUUAGCAGAAGCCAGCCGAAUCCGACCAGAACACCAUGAUUGACAACAUCAUGACACGUGACAGCGAAAUACCGGCCAUAUUCAACCCGAAACGUGUUCGUGCACCUUCCGUGGUGGUAACAGGAGAACCUCCCAAUGGACCGUUCGGAGGGUUUAACAACAAUGUGCCACAGAUUAUGCACUCGGACUCGGUGACGUCGAGCCAGCAUGACGGUCAGGAUAGUCUGAUUGGGGUGACGGUCACCGGGAGUGUGUGUGAAACUCCACCCCCAGGAGGGUCGACCGUGCUGGGAACAACGGUACCGAAUAACACUAACACCACUACUACAGCAGGAGGAGGUACCACAGCAGAAGGAGCACCAGCGCCGGUGACUUCCCGGCUGAAACGAUGUCGCGAUUCAUGCUGUUCCGAACUAGCUCAAAAGAUGUACUUCGGGGUAUGCGUGACGAUCCUUGUGACGGCUUCCUGGGUCGGAGCCACACACUGUAUCAAAUUUUUGUACCUACAAAGGAACGCGUACUCCUCCACGCUACCACCGCACCUGACGGCACUAAUUACGGACAGUGAACCGAUGCUAACGGCGGACGCAAACUCCUCCGCCAUGAUCGUGCACGGUUUCGGACCAACGACGUCGUUUAUGCCAUCCACCGGCAAACCGAUUGUCACCUCGGAUCGGCUGGUACCGGCCAGCUCAACGCACAUCUUUAACGCACCAUUUUUCGCGUCCUGGUUCUGUACCAACUUUUCGAUACUGUUCUUUCCGAUCUACAUUCUUGGCCGGGUGGCCAUCAAGAAGUGCGACGGAACGGGCGAGGUGCUCGGGGAGAUACUGCGGGGCUUUCGGGAUCGAGGUUUCACGAUCGGUCGCUUUCUGAACCGCUGUCUGACGUUCUGCAUACUGUGGCUGCUGACGACGUAUCUGUACGCACUGUCUCUGAAGGCUCUGCUGGCCACCGAUGUGAUGGCCCUAUUCGCUACCAAUGUGGCGUGCGUUUACCUGUUGGCCUGGGUCAUACUGCAGGAGCAGUUUGUUGGGGUUCGGAUUGUGGCUGUGAUACUGUGUGAUACCGGAAUCGCACUUUUGGCGUACAUGGACGGAAUCACCGGCAGCCCGACGCUGGGCGGCGUGGUCCUAGCAGCACUGUCAGCCGCCGGCUAUGCCGUCUUCAAGGUUAUGUUUCGCAAGGUGAUGGGCGAUCCUCCGGUGGGUCAAAUUGCGUUCACUUUCUCCUUCAUUGGCUUUCUGAACGCGGCCAUCCUGUGGCCGGUGUGCAUCGCGCUUUACUUCACCGGUGCCGAAGUGAUGCCCUGGGAGCCACUGCCAUGGAUAAUUCUGCUAAUGGCCAGUGUGUUGUUGCUAGUUUUCCACAUUUUGACGCAGUUUAGCAGCGCCGUUACGUACAAUAUGUUUGUUACAUUAGGUUUAAUUACAGCUGUGCCGGUGUCCGCAGCACUAGACAUCGUCUUAUACGGAGCGCACUUCGCCGGAAUGAAGCUGGCAGGUAUUAUAUUAAUAGCUGUCGGCUUCUUCUUGGUUAUGUUCCCGGACAACUGGCCAGACUACAUCACCCGGCUGCUCAGAAAAACUGGUCGCGCAUUACUAAGAAACCAAUGUUGUUACCAAUCCGGUAAUAAUGAUUAUGAAAAUUCGAAAUAUCAUCUUGUUGGGUCACAACGCGAGAUGGGGCCGCCACCCGCGAAGCGGUAUACCAUCGCAACAUCGCGACGUCAUCGACUAUCGGACGGGAUACAUUCGAUCGCAUCUUCGCUCUCCCUCUGGCCGGGUGAGAUGACCGCCGAGCAGCAGCAGCAGCAAAACACCCAGCAAUUGUAUCACUUUCAGCACUACAUUCGCAGCAACUAUGGCAGCGAUAGCGUUGGCUUGAACUCGAAACUGCGCCACUACUCGCUGACGGAGACGAACUUCAACCGGAAGGCACUAGCUACGACGAUGGCCGGUUCGACAACGAUGAUUUCGAUGCGGCAAAUGAACCCGUUAAAUUGCCGCAGCAGCUCGUACGGUUCACUGCAGUGAGGUCGGCGAGGUUGCUUUGAUUCGAAACGAAGUUUAUGCCUUUUUCUUCAGUCAGUCACACUUCGUUCUUGCUUACUACGAUUGUCUUUAUCGAUUCUUAAAGUUUAACCGAUUGAUAAUAAAAUGCAUAGAAAUUGAUCCCAGUAUGAUACAGCUAUGCUUUAUAUUAAACGUUAUCUAGAGAAAAAAAAA